CGCCCGCACCCUUCUGCGCUCCUAGUAGCUCGCCUCGGAAACUCGCGAAUAACCAAAAUAAGUCGAAUAAAUUAAACAAAUGGUCGCUAUAUUAGCUAACCCGAAAUGGAGCGAGGACCUCACCAUCCAGAUGAUCAUUGAAUACGAAAAAAGGGAAUACCUGUGGAACCCGGUGUCAGAAAACUACAAGAACAAGAAAAUACGCGAACAGGGAUACGUCGAUAUACUAAAAACUCUUAAUUUAGUGGACAUAACGGUUAAGGAGCUGAAAAAUAAGAUAAAGAAUAUACGAUCAUCGUACAGUGUCGAGUUAAAGAAAAUUCGCGCGGCAAGGAAGGCCGGCGCGCAUGCGUACCGGCCGAGCGUCACGUGGUUUGAGCACGCAGACAGGUUCCUUCGAGCGAUCGUCACUCCGAGCUCCGUUGACAACAGCUUGCUUGAAAUAGCAAUGAGUGACGACAGCGAUGCUGUGCAAGAUUUGAGCGAGCGAAAAUCACCGGAAAAGAAAAGCCCGCGCAAACGACGCAGCUCGACGCGGUCGUCAACACCGUAUGUAUUAAACACGCCGUCCCCGCGUCCGAGUACGCCCUUCGGGCUCAAUCAAACUUCGUCCCCAUUCGGGAUCCUCCCGACUUCAACAUCCGCUCCAUUUCUUAAUCCCCCCGUUGGUAUAGCAACGCCGCUAACAACCUCGCUUGCAACCAUUUAUCCGGCGCCGAUAAAACAAAAAAAGAGCAACUUCGACGACCGGAGCGACCAGUCUGAAACGCCGCAGGACUUGAGUCAGCAUUCGGAGAAUGGGAACGAAAACGAAUUCGAAAUGUUCGGCAAAUUGAUUGCGAGCCAGCUUCGUAAACUACCGCUCAGUUUGGCACUGGAUACGCAGUUGAAGAUCCAAACUCUAGUAAAUGCGGCUAGAAUACAAGCCGUAUAUCAGCAAUACAGCUAUGCGGGUCCAUCUCAGGAGGCCUUGUCUGUGCAAGCACUUUCCAACGGCAUAUUAGCAAGUAUGACCUCACAAAGCCCGUACACUUCGAGAGCAAUAAUGGAUUUAAGAAAUGAUUCGCCUGACGAACUGAAUUUGAAAACUGAAUACAAUUUAGAUUUAGAAGACUAAAAUAGUAUCUAAUAUUAAUGUUCUAACUUAAUUAUUUAAGUACAUGUUGGAGUUGUUGCAUCUUAAUACUUAUAGAGUCGCAACAUCUCGAGUCCAUUUUUUCAUCUUCGUGGAUAGAUAAAACGUGCCAAAUAGUUCUAUGCACAUGUUAUCAUUGAAGGUCACAUUAAACCACUAAAUGUUACAUAAAGAGACGUACAAUGUUCAUAAUGAAAAUAUUAACACAGAAGUUCUGUAAAGAAGGAAAUGCAAAAAGAAACAACAGCUCUAACAAUGGUUUGUUUUUUAUAUGCAUAUUAAAAUGUCAACUUAUUGUAGUCGAGGAAGUAACUGCAAAACUUAAUUUUGAAACA